AUGGCUUCUGUGAAAAGCACUUCUGCUUCUAUCAAUGCAGAAGCUCCUCGGGUGGAGAAUUCUAUAAGUUCUGGCAAUUUGAAAGAGAGCAAGGAUUCAAGUACAAGUCUCGGCAGUAAUCGUGAGCAGAGAAGCUUUAGCGGGAAAGAAAAAACUGCACCAGUAUCUAGCAGACCAAUAUCUAGAUCCCCGAAAGAUGGAAGAACCGAGAAACUCAAUCGCAGUGUGUCUGUGAAAAGCAUCAAUCCACUGAAAAAGAUAUUCCAUAGGUCUCAGUCCCAUCAUGACACUGCCGAUCGAUCUAGACAUGUCGCUGGUUCAGUUCCUCCCCAGGGCCCGACACUCAGCUCUGACCAAAGGAGCCGUAAUAGGAGCUCCAGUUUUUUGCAACGAAUGCAUGGGCAGCAACACCCUCCAGCCAGUCAAGCUUCUCACGUGCUAAGGGACAAGCAUCAUUCCGCAUCUUUCAACAACAGUAAGGCCCAUAAUGUAAAUCCAUUUGUUUCUGCUCGUCAUAGUCCGUUCGAAUCACCUUUUAGUGCAUUGGGUAAAGGUUCAGACAUAGCAGCUCCACGGCAAUCACAUGCUAAUGCCUCGAAUCCCAUUUCUAGGCGAACCUCAUCCAACGAGUCCAACAUGGUCUACAACCCGUACGGUACUCUAUCGAAAAAUGACACCUCUUCCUCGCAUCACGACUUGUCUUUUUACUUGCAGGACGGAAAAGAUGAACUUCCUUUGUUACCUACGCCCUUAAAGGAUCCGAACGACUAUUUGCCAGAAGGAUACAAACAAUUCAGCGUGCAACUUUUGGAUAACUUUGUGUACCCUGAAAAAAAUUCAGCUGAUGACAUACACCUAGGCUCCGGAGGCUCCAGUGACGUUCGGACGAUUAAAUCCGCCUUCCAUAAGAAAGAACUUUACGCGUUGAAAAAAUUCAAACUUCUACGAAAUGAAAAGCCUGAGCACUUUUAUGAACGCUGCUCUAAAGAGUUCAUUAUGGCGAAAAAACUGAGCAGCAAUCCACACAUUGCUAACACUUUCUAUCUCGUUAAAGUUUCUACUACAACAUCUAUGACAAGAGGCUGGGCAUUUAUUGUCGAAUACUGCUCCGGAGGGGAUUUGUUCAGUUUGAUAAUGAGGCAAGAUUGGCGUAAGAGACCCUUGCAAGAAAAGUAUGAGUACUGGAGGCAAAUUGUUGAAGGGAUAAAGUUCAUUCACAGUCAAGGUAUUGUUCACCGAGACAUUAAACCUGAAAAUGUCCUUAUCACGAAAGAGGGUCUAGCAAAGCUAACAGACUUUGGAAUUUCAGACUGGGGGCACGAGGAUCCUGAUGAAGUGCGGAGUCCGGUCAAAUUAUUCGACACAUACGUUGGGUCCCCACCAUACACUUCACCGGAAGUAAUGGCUUUCAAGGACGAAAAUGCGACAAAGCAGGACAAGAAGCCAUAUGAUGCCCACGGAAUGGAUUGCUGGGCGCUUGGUAUCAUGCUUUUCACUCUGGUCUAUCAAUCUACGCCAUUCAUGGAGGCUUAUAAGACUGACUCAAGGUACAGAUCUUAUGUCUUAUCAUAUGACAAUUUUGUGGAUCACAAUAAUCCUCACUUUAAAAAGUCAGGCAAUUAUAAGCCUGGUCCUGGUAGUGAGUUUCAAUUCGGGCGCGAGUUCCAGAAUACUGGUGCAUCGCGUGUUGCCUGGCGACUGGUAGACCCUGACGUUAAAACAAGGUAUACCAUAGAAGACAUUUUGGCGGACCCCUGGUGGGAGUCCAUUUCAGCUCAUGCCAAGGAAACAUCAAUACCAUUGCCCAAAAUGCCAGAGUUGAGAAACUCCAGCUACGACAAUACUCUCGACAGUUCUUUUCUCACGGCUCCUUCUUCUGCCAAAUCUUCUUCUGAAGAGUUGAUUAUGCAGCAUACCUCGAACCCUUUUUUGAAUAACAACAAAAGUAAAUCAAAGUCUAUGCUGUCAAUCGUCGAAGACAAUCAAGUUCCUAGCCAGUCGCCAGUUGGUGAUUCACUCCCAACUUUGAACGAAGAAAAGGCUACGGAAGAUGGUGAUGAAGGGGGGUUGCAAAAGGUGGAGGCAGCCGACGAUGACUCAACGGGUGAGGCAAAUAUUCGAAAUUUGUCGUUAGGCAAGGGGGCGGGAAAAUAA